UCAGGGUGCCAGUCACUAGGUUAGCAGUCAGCUAGCCGCAUCAGCUGUGAGCUAUGGCUGCUGUUAUCCUAAGUUUCCCAACUCUGCAGGGUCUGAGGAUAUUUACACAAAAACUGUCAUGGACCAAAAAAAGUGUGAGGCUUGUUUCAGGAGGGGUCGGGAGAAUAGAGAAGGUGCUGAUAGCCAAUCGAGGCGAGAUAGCGUGUCGUGUGAUGCGCUCAGCCAAGAAGAUGGGCGUCCGCUCUGUGGCUGUGUACAGCGAAGCUGACAGACACUCCAUGCAUGUGGCCAUGGCAGAUGAAGCCUACCACAUUGGGCCUGCAGCCUCCCAGCAGAGUUACCUCUCCAUGGAGAAAGUUUUGGAGGUGGCCAAGAAGUCUGGAUCUCAUGCGGUCCACCCUGGCUAUGGAUUUCUGUCAGAAAACACAGAGUUUGCAGAGGCGUGUAAACAGGAAGGAAUCAUCUUCAUUGGACCACCUUCCUCUGCCAUCCGAGACAUGGGUAUUAAGAGCACUUCCAAACACAUCAUGUCAGCUGCCGGGGUGCCAAUCAUUGGUGGUUACCAUGGAGAGGACCAAUCAAAUGAGAGGCUGCAAUCAGAGGCUGCCAAGAUCGGCUACCCUGUGAUGAUCAAGGCAGUCCGUGGAGGAGGAGGGAAGGGGAUGCGUAUUGCACGGUCAGACUCAGACUUCUUAGAGCAGUUGGAGUCGGCGAGACGAGAGGCCAGAAAAUCCUUCAACGAUGACGUCAUGCUGGUUGAGAAGUUUGUAGAGGAUCCCAGACAUGUGGAGGUUCAGGUGUUUGGGGACACGCACGGUAACGCUGUGUAUCUGUUUGAGAGGGACUGCAGCGUCCAAAGGAGACAUCAGAAGAUCAUAGAGGAAGCACCAGGGCCUGACAUUAGUCCUGAGGUUCGGAGGAAACUCGGAGAGGCAGCAGUCAAAGCAGCUAAGGCUGUGAACUAUGUAGGAGCAGGUACGGUAGAGUUUAUAAUGGACGCUCAGCAUAACUUCUACUUCAUGGAGAUGAACACCAGGCUGCAGGUGGAGCAUCCCGUCUCUGAGAUGAUCACUGGCACUGACCUGGUGGAGUGGCAGCUCAGGGUGGCAGCAGGGGAGCGCCUGCCUCUCCUCCAGGAUGACAUCAUCUUGAAUGGGCACUCGUUCGAGGCUCGUAUAUAUGCAGAGGAUCCAAAUAACGACUUCCUCCCGGGGGCGGGGCCUCUGCUGCAUCUCUCCACCCCUCCAGCGGACCAACACACACGCAUAGAGACUGGAGUCAGAGAAGGGGACGAAGUGUCUGCUCAUUAUGAUCCGAUGAUCGCUAAGCUGGUGGUGUGGGGAGAGGACCGAUCUGCUGCUCUAAAGAAGCUGCGGUACUGCCUACGACAGUACAAUAUCGUGGGUCUGAACACUAACAUAGACUUUUUGCUGAGUCUGUCGGGUCACCCCGAGUUUGAGGCCGGUAAUGUGACCACCAGCUUCAUCCCUCAGCACUACGCUGACCUCUUCCCCACACCGAAGGCUCCCUCUGGAACGACGAUCUGCCAGGCGGCCCUGGGCCUGCUGCUACAGGAGAGGACACACACACAGGACUUCACACAGAUCUCCACCGAUCCCUUCUCUCCAUUUGGCUCCAGCAGCGGCUGGAGACUCAACGUACAGUUUAACAGAAACAUGACACUACAGCUGGGAGAUAAGAAAGUUCAUGUGGUCGUCAUAUACAACAAAGAUGGAAGCUACACUAUGCAGGUUGGUGAGGAGUCGUACCAUGUGACGGGGGAGCUGGAGAUGGAGGACGGAGCUUCAUUUCUGCACUGCUCCGUUAAUGGAGUGAAGUCUCGUCCCAAACUGGUGAUCCUGGACAACACGGUGCACCUGUUCUCCAUGGAGGGGAGCGCCGAGGUGUCUAUUCCUGUGCCGAAGUAUCUGGCCGGUGUGAGCGGCUCUGGGGCUCAGGGUGGAGCAGUGGCCCCCAUGACUGGAACCAUAGAGAAGGUGCUGGUGAAGGCAGGAGACAAAGUGAGCAUCGGAGACCCGCUGAUGGUCAUGAUCGCCAUGAAGAUGGAGCACACGAUCCGGGCGCCCAAGUCAGGCGUGAUCAAGAAGGUUUUCUUCACUGAGGGCUCUCAGGCCAAUCGCCACGCUGCUCUGGUGGAACUGGAAGAGGAGGGGGAGGAUAACGGGGACGGUGGCCAGUAAUUGCAAUUAAACACAUAAUCAAACCCACAAAAAAAACAAAAAAAAACACCACACAGACACAGAGGCAGAUAGGAGAGAGCCAGAACGAGUUACUGUGACUAAAUGAGGGGGAGGGGGGGUCGGCAUCCAUCACUUGAUUCAUUUAUAUGUCUGAAAAUGUGAGUCAGUACCACCUGAGUGGGGCGAGUCUGGCUCAGUCUGGAAGGGGAUGAGACAAAUAUUUUGUCAUUUUGCCCAAAAUGCAUUUAAAGAAGAUUGAAAACAGCUUGAGAGACCUGAAAUGUCACUUUGGGAAAAGACUCGCAUAGAAACGGUCAUUAAGUAUUUAAUUCACAUAAAUGUACAGUUGCCUUUCACACAACAGAGGAUUGCCUUUAUGUUGAUUGUAGAAAUAUUAGUUUCUUCUUCUUUUCUUUGUUGUGAGUUUAGUUUUUUUGCAGAAAUCAUUGAAUCUGGCUUUUCUACGUCUGUGUUUGUAGAAUAUUUCUUUUCCCCCAAGUCUUCCCUUCUCUGUGUUGGUUUCUGUCAGCGGUGUUGGGUAUUUCAUUAUCUGUAUGGACACACUGUACUACUUUUUUUCCCUUAUUUUUUUUAACACAGUAAAGUUUGUCAGCAAAUCUGAGGCAGAAGAUACUGAGUAGGCGGGAUGGUAAGUGAUAAACAAGACAUAAAUCUUGCUGAAUUAUGCCACAGAGGGUUAUAGGAAUAGUUACUGAUAACUUUGGGGAGUGAAAAACUCUCAUUCACAUUAAUAUUUGUGUGAAAACUGUCAGCCCCACGUAUUGCAUUAAUGGUUUGUGUAUCACCCUGUCUGAGGAAGAAAUGCCAGGAGCUGUCCAGUAAAACUUAUGCACCUUCAAGCUUGGUGAUUUUUACAAGUUUAAGGCUCCAAUGCUCCUGCAGAAAAUGAUUUAACUCUCCCAACACUUGUGUAUAUAUAUCAUACCUCUUAGUAUUACAAAAUUAACUCCUUUUGUUUGUUAAUUCAUUAAAAAUGAACAUGUUUGGAGCUGCAUGAUUUUUACUGAGCAGUGAAGACAGGAGAGAACAAGAGGUUGGAUGUUAAAUUCUGUAUUCCAGUUUGUUGCUCUGCAGCUUUUCUGUCCUUCAAGACUGACUCCUUCCAAACUCUCCAUCCCUCUUCCUCUUUUGUUCUUGCACUUCUAAAAGCAGUGGCCUAGUUUAACCCUGCAAUGUUGCAUCAUGACGUCUCUUUAGAGAGUAAAGGCAAAAAUGCGGCACUGAGAAAGCUCCUUUUUUUUCUAAAUCGGGAGGCAGAAAAACACUCCAGAACCACCUUAAAAAUCGGAUUAUUCUCAUACAAAGUUUAAAGUCCUGUUUUCAGUGUUUUUUUUGUUUUUGUGCCCUCAUCUGAAAAAACCCCUAAAGAAUGAAAUGUCGGUCACGAAUGGCUUUUACCAGACAGAUGGUUUGCCUGUGUGUAAAUCCACUGUCAUUCCAAGUGAUUUAUUCGCACAGUCGACAUGUGAACUUGACCUGUUUGAGCCGAUCGCUCUCCUCUUACUAACUGUGUGCUACGAGGCCUUGUAGACUAAAACUGAUCAUUUAAACACCUGUGUUCAUUUUCUGGCUUACUUUGUAGAUGUAAAGUAGAUGAUUUUUUUAAAAAGAUGAUUUUUGGAGUGGUCAAAUACUGUAAUAAACUUUUGUGAAAGUA